CUGCGCGCGCGGUGCCUUGGUUUGGAGUGCGUUGAAACCAACCGCUGUGGACCAAUCAGGGAGCAAUAAGCGGGACAAGCCGCUUGGAGUCGUAAACAUAUCUGUCGUUGUUACUUAAUCAACCGACACACUGCCUCACUACAAUGCAUGUUACCACACAUGUUCUGCUUUAGAUCAGAAUACGCUACAAUGCUCAAACCAUUGCGUUCGUCGAUUAAAGGGAUUUCUUCACUCACUCGACGACUUUUGAGUUUCACACAUAAUGCCUUAUUAUAUUAAGUUCCUGUUUUUAAUUUUUUGCUUGAUACUUAUCGGGGAAUGCCGAAAGCACAAAAGUCGGAAAAGAAGGUGGUCCGGGGCGGUAGAAUCUCACAAGCAUGGCGCUCCACUGACUGGAAAAAAGAUAGUUGAUAACACCAAAUCUCACAAGGUGAAGACAGACCACCUGCUGCGAGUUGAUGACCAUGAUUUUACCAUGAGACCAGCCUUUGCAGGCCCUGCUGUCCCCGUGGGAGUGGAUGUUCAGGUGGAGAGUUUGGACAGUAUAUCAGAAGUGGACAUGGACUUCACUAUGACCCUUUAUCUGAGGCACUACUGGAAAGACGAGAGGCUGUCCUUUCCCAGCACAACCAAUAAGAGCAUGACGUUCGACGGGCGCCUGGUCAAGAAGAUCUGGGUGCCUGAUGUGUUCUUCGUCCACUCCAAGAGGUCGUUCAUCCACGACACCACCACAGAGAACAUCAUGCUCAGGGUGUUCCCAGAUGGACACGUGCUCUACAGCCUUAGGGUGACGGUUACUGCUGCCUGUAACAUGGACUUCAGUCGUUUCCCUCUGGAUUCACAGACCUGCACAUUAGAGCUAGAGAGCUAUGCUUACACGGAUGAGGACCUCAUGCUGUACUGGAAGAGUGGGGAUGAGUCCCUGAGCACCGACGACAGAAUCUCUCUGUCUCAGUUCCUCAUCCAGAAGUUUCACACUACCUCUAGACUGGCUUUUUACAGCAGCACAGGCUGGUACAACCGUCUGUACAUCAACUUCACCCUGCGACGCCACAUCUUCUUCUUCCUGCUGCAGACCUACUUCCCUGCCACUCUGAUGGUCAUGUUGUCCUGGGUGUCUUUCUGGAUCGACCGCCGGGCCGUACCGGCCAGGGUCUCACUAGGUAUCACCACGGUGCUCACCAUGUCCACCAUCAUCACUGGAGUCAACGCCUCCAUGCCCAGGGUUUCCUACAUCAAAGCUGUGGACAUUUACCUCUGGGUCAGUUUUGUGUUUGUGUUCCUAUCGGUGUUGGAAUAUGCUGCCGUCAACUACUUGACGACGGUGAGGGACGGAAAAGAUCGGAAGCUUAGGGAAAAGGCCAGAGAGCGGUCCCUGAGCCUAGCCAGAGAACAGUCACUCCCCUGCACCUGUGGCAUGUCCCACACCGGGACCGUGAUGGUAGAUGGCGACGGGACCUACAGCGAGGCCGACACCAACAGCCUGGCCGGAUACACCAGGGCUGACGCUCCCGAGGACACCCCAGAGAAGCAAGAGCACAUGGUGGUGCACCUAUCCCUGGACAAUGAGUCCACGGGAACCAAGAAGAAAGCGCGCUUCCGCAGCUUCAGCCUCAUGCAGAACACCCACGCCAUAGACACCUACUCCCGCAUGAUCUUUCCAGGAUCCUACAUUAUCUUUAACCUCAUAUACUGGUCUGCAUACUGCUGAGGCUCUCCCAGAUGGUCCUGGUACAGUCAGCAGAGAGACAAUCUACUGGUGUUUACUGUACCAGAUAAAACAGGACAGCUAUUGGACUCUGAUAAUGACUCAAAGUGGUAAUGACCUCCAUAUCUUAACACCUGGGUGCAUAACGGCAGAUCUCACAAAGGAUUUCCCAGAUCCCUGGAUGGAUAACACCAUACUAUCCUCACACCAUUAGCUACAACCAUCUUACUACUUGACUCAACUGUACAGCUUUCCUACUUUCUCUAUAUAAACGAUUUACACAACCAUGCAGGUCCAAGCAACAAACUACGAUGGACUACCUACCUGCUCUUCUCCUAUUUAUUUCAAAUUGAUCUCUGGAAUCAAUGCUGUUUUAUCUUCAUGGUACUGUCAAAGCAGGGAAACAAUAUCUGUAAUACUGACAGCAUAUGUACAUCUGGAAUGGACUAAGUGUUGCCCAAGCUUGCCUCUUUAACCAGAAAACAGAAAGCUUGCUCUAUAAUGUGAGGGUUUGACCUCUAAACCACGUUUAUUUGACAGAUCAGUGUGAGUGCAAGCACCAAUUGCUAAUGAGCACAUUGAAACACAGCCACAGACUUGUGUCUUCUAGGAAUACACCAAGUGUUAUUCUUUUUAACAGUUGAUAAUGAUUGAGAAAACCACACAAAAAUGUAAACCGACAUAAUACCAGAUGGAAUUAUCAUGAAAAAGAUUCACAUAGAUACAGUAUUUCAUUAUCUAUUCAUUAUUAACCUAUGUAUUUAUUCAUUCAUUUUUGGCCUUUCACUUCACUUACAUAAUUACUUUUUAGUGCACUGAUAGACUCAUAUUCCAUUAUACCUUAAGAUGUUAAAAACAAUGAGACUGGAUAGAUUUUUCAGAGUGGCUGCAGUUCCCGAAUUUCUUAUGAGGUCAGUGGUCACAGAAAUUGUGAGGAUGGAUACCAUUUAUGAAUGCUUAUGUGAACUAUCAUGAAGCAUUAUCAGUGAUGUAAUGAACUUGAACAGCCUUAAGUGAACUGUUUUUUUUUAUGGCUGUGGUUCCACGCCACAGCUAUAUUUUUUCUGUUUGUUUGUUUGAUUGACUGUUUGGAUUACGAGUGACUACAUAUCGCUUUGUGCAAGUUUUCUAGCCAGUAUUCUAGCCAACCAAUAUAUUCGUAAACAUGGUACUGUAUGUAGUAUGUAGGUAGCCACAAGCAUGAGCUGGAUUUACUAGGCUGUGAUGUCACUCAUCAGAACGCACGAAGCUCUUGCAUCCAUAUUGCCGCUGUAGAUAUGUCAGCAUGUUGGACAAAUGCUUAACCAAUGCAAACCACCUCACGCAGAUGCUUGUCCACAAGCUGCACAACUACGGCUGAUUAUUGUUGCAUCAAAUAUUAAGAAUGUAUCCUUUUUGGAGCAGAUUUUAUAAAUAAAGGCUUUAAAC